CUGAUUUUAUGUUUUCCUUCAUUAAUCUAACAGACAUUGUAAGUGCACAGCAGAUUAAAGCUUACAAUGACCUACAGUGACCAUGAUGGUGAACACAUGCCCUGGUGAAAUCAUGUUCAGUAAUGCAUACAGAAGGCCUCUGUGAGUCUGAUGGAAUGAUAUUUCAGUUGUCUGUAUGUGGUAUUGUCUGCAGAGAAAAACAACAGGGUCAGUAUGAGUAUCUGUUGGCUGGUAGUGAUUUGGUUGAUUUCACGGGUAAUGUUAGUGCAGAUUUGUUAUCAAGUAAGUGUGUGUCAUUUCUGAAUCAAAUCUGUUUCAUAGAUUUUCCCAACACUUUCCAUUGGUCAGACGAACAGAUCAACCCAUCCCAUACCACCGUUGUCAUGAGCUCCGUGGAAGAAAUACACAUGUGCCCCAUGUGUCGUGACCUAUUCGGUCAGGCCCAGCCCUUUCCCUGCGGCCACAUCUUAUGUCCGGCUUGCGUACGGGACGCUUGGAGGCAGAGUGCCAGCUCGGAUAGAGGAAGAAGAUUUGUGUGUUCGCGGUGUCUGGAGGAGCGGGGGGUGGUGGUCUGUGACUGCUGUCCACAAGAGGAGAGUGACGAUGAUCAGAAAUGUGCCGCUGUAAAGACCUGCCUGCGCUGCGAGGUCUCUCUGUGCGAGCAGCACCUGAUACCGCAUCUACAGCGGCCCGCUUACAGAACACACCUGUUAGUAGAGCCGCUGACUGACAUGUCCCGCCGCAGGUGUCCCGCUCAUCGGGAAGUUUUUCGUUACUACUGCAUAGAUGAUAUGGAGUACGUCUGCGCAGACUGCAUCCUGGAAGGACAGCAUGCUCAACACCUGGUCAAAGGGAUGAGAAAGAUGGAGGAGGAAUAUAAACAGGACUCCUCUAUGAGUGAUGUCUCGCAGGUGUUACAGAUGGGCUCGGCCCUGCAGGCUCAGGUGGACAGAUUAGUGUCAGCUGUGACAAACAUCACGGAGCAGGAGAGACAGCUGGCAUUAGAGAGGGUGCAAGAGGAUUUCAGCAGGGUGAGAGAAGACCUCAAACAGACUGAGAACAUCCACAGAUUCCUGGGCUCCCUGCUUGAAGAGAGCGACCCCUUCCUGUUAAUCUGGGCAUUUCAGUGGGAGGAUUCACAGAUGAUGGCAGAACUCAACACGCCAGUGUUCACACCAGCUCAGCCAAACAUGAAUAAGAAACGUGUGGUCGAGAACGUGGAAAAUAAAUACAGAGAGUUUAUAGCUGAGAUCCUGCGCUGCCUCAUUGAACUCAAGAGAGACCUCUGUGAGCAUUCUUCUCAUUCGUAGUCCUGAUAGUGCCUUUAAA